CACCCGUCAAACCAUAUCUCGCUUUUCAAAAUGGAUUCCAAGGAAUGGCAGCGUGUUGUUGGCGACCAAAGGUUUCUUAUCUCAACAUCUCGAGACUUGCUCCCCCAUGAAUUCGUGCAAGAGGCCUUCAAUCACCCAGAUAUGUACUGGACGAAACCGACCUCCCCAGCCAACAUGAAACGAUUGCUCGAUAACUCGUGCACCCUCGGUCUCUACAAGGGUCAGGCGGACGUUGCAAGUACCAAAUUUACUCCUAUCGGCAUGGCUCGGCUCAUCACAGAUCAUGUAACGUUCGCCUACCUGACGGACGUGUACAUCGUGAAAGAGUACAGGAAGUUCGGGUUGGGCAGAUGGCUGAUCGCUUGCUGUAAGGAGAUGGUACAGGAGAUGCCAGAGCUGCGGCGUUGCGUGCUUCUAACAGGCAGUGAGGCCAUGCAGAAAUUGUAUGAACGCGAGAUGGGCAUGGAGGUGUUUGGGGAACGGAAGGGUGGGUUAGUCGCAAUGGGAGCUCAGAAGGCAGACCUUGUGGCAGCCAGCGCGGGGAAAGACGAACAACCGAGCUGCUGAGAUGCCGACUCCCAGGACUACGGAUUGGGAUCGUGUCAUGGCGAGGGCCCGUCGGGGGAGCAGAUAUCAGUGGCGGGAUGCGCCGCGUGGGCAGACGGAGUGGUGACAGUGGGAAAGGGCAUUUCAGGUUAGCGCAGAAUGCGGUUAGCGCAAAUCUCGCCAUUCCAAGCUUCAUUAUCCAACCAGGAUGCCGCGGCCGGCGGGCACUUUCAC